AUGCACACCGGACCUCCCGCCUUACAUAAACGAGGGCAGGCCUCGUUCGACCUUUACGCAUACAACCCAUCAGCCCCAGCAGGCUGGGCCUUUGUGGUGAUUUUCGGCAUUGGAGGAGCGGUGCACUUGGUGAUGAUGUUCCGGCUUCGAGCGUGGUUCUUCACCCCCUUUCUGCUGGGAUGUAUCGGUGAAGCAUUCGGCUAUUACGGCCGCGCCUGGUCCCACAACAACAUCCGCGAUGGCUCCCCGUAUCUCCUGCAGCUUAUGCUGAUCCUGGGCUCAGCCCCGUUACUGUCGGCCUCGGUGUACAUGACGCUGGGACGGUUCGUGCGCGCCCUAAACGCCGAAUCGGCCACCGUCAUCCGCUCGACCUGGAUUACCAAGAUCUAUGUGCUGAUCGAUAUCGGCAGCUUUGUCUGCCAGAUGAUGGGAUCGGCGAUGCAAGCGAGCGGCGAUCUGGACGGCGUGCGCACUGGCCAACGCGUCGUUAUCGGGGGUUUGGCCGUGCAGCUGGUCGCGCUGGGCUGGUUCUUGAUCGAGACCAGCUCUGUGCAUCGGCGUCUCAGCUCGCGACCGCCCUCCGGUCCAGCCCGCGAUCCCACGAUGCCCUGGCGCCGCACCCUGUGGACGCUGCACGCCGUCACCGGCUUGAUCACCGUCCGCAGCAUCUACCGCCUCAUCGAGUUUCUUGCUGGCACUGAUAGUCCUCUAAGCAAGAAAGAGGCGUUUUUGUACGUCUUCGAUGCUUCGCUGCUGGCCAUCGCUGUGUUUGCCUUCGCGGCGGUUCAUCCGGGGAUCCUGCUGCGGAAGAUUCGGAAGUUGGGAGCGUAUGGCCCGCCAGAUGCCGUGGUCAUGUUAGAUUGA